GCUCCCAGGCAAAAACAUGGCCACGAUGCUGCGUUUGGCUGCUUUUGCAGCUGUGCUGCUGUUCUUCAGGGUCACUCUGGGACUGUCCUGGGUCCAGGCCAUCCCUGCUCUCUUCAUCUUCUACCUGGCAUCUGGUGGAUGGGACUUCUUCCUUGUAUUCCUCAAGACAGUACCAAGGGACGUCAGCACGGGGCUGGUUCUGUUGAGGGUGAAGUGGCAGGUAUGGAGGCACGUGAGGGAGAAGAACACAAUUGCCAAGAUCUUCCAGAAGACGGCGAGGAAGUAUCCAGAGAAGACAGCACUGAUCUUCCAAGGCACAGGCGAGAGCUGGACCUUCCGUCAGCUGGACGAGUACUCCAACCAGGUGGCCAAUUUCUUCUACAGCCAAGGCUUCCGCUCGGGUGACGUGGUGGCACUUUUCAUGGAGUCCCGCAAUCAGUACGUGGGGCUGUGGCUGGGCCUGGCCAAGAUCGGGGUGGAGACGGCCCUCGUGAAUUCCCACCUGCGCUUGGAGGCCUUGCUGCACUGCAUCACCAUCUCCAGCUCCAAAGCUGUGGUUUUUGGGGUGGAAAUGAUGGAAGCAAUGCAGGAAGUGCAGCCCUCUCUGGAUAAAUCCAUCCAUCUCUUCUGGUCCGGGGAAGAAAAUCCUAAAUCUGUGCUUCCUGGUGCAAAACACCUGGACCCCCUCCUGCAGAUGGCCCAGCGACACCCGCCAGCUCCCCCUAAUAAGGGCUUUCUUGAUAAACUCUUCUACAUCUACACCUCUGGCACGACGGGGCUGCCCAAGGCUGCCAUUGUGGUGAACUGCCGGUAUUUCCGCAUGUCCAGCUUAGUUUUUUAUGGUUUUCGGAUGAGAUCUGACGAUGUGAUGUACGACUGCCUCCCGCUCUACCAUGCUGCAGGGAACAUCGUGGGGAUUGGGCAGUGCCUGCUGCAGGGCAUGACGGUUGUCAUCCGCAAGAAGUUCUCGGCCUCACACUUUUGGGAGGACUGUGUGAAAUACAACUGCACGAUCGUGCAGUACAUCGGGGAGAUCUGCCGCUACCUGCUGAACCAGCCAUACCAGGACACGGAGCGGCAGCACCGGGUGCGCAUGGCCCUGGGCAACGGGCUGCGGGCCUCCAUCUGGAGGGAGUUCAUGGCCCGCUUUGGCAUCGCCCAGGUGGCUGAGUUCUAUGGGGCCACCGAGUGCAACUGCAGCCUAGGAAACUUUGAUGGCAACGUUGGCUCAUGCGGCUUCAACAGCAGGAUCCUGCCAGGUGUGUACCCCAUUGGUUUAGUGAAGGUGGAUGAAGACACUAUGGAGCUGAUUCGGGGACCAGAUGGUGUCUGUAUCAGCUGCAAACCAGGGGAGCCAGGGCAGCUGGUGGGUCGCAUUGUCAGGAGCAAUCCCCUGCAGCACUUCGAUGGCUACCUGAAUCAGUCAGCCACCAACAAGAAAAUUGCCAGGGACGUGUUUACAAAAGGGGACGCAGCCUAUCUCACAGGGGAUGUCCUGGUGAUGGACAAGUAUGGCUACAUGUACUUCCGAGACCGCACCGGGGACACGUUCCGGUGGAAAGGGGAGAACGUCUCCACCACGGAGGUGGAGGGAACCCUGAGCCGCAUCCUCAACCUGACAGACGUGGUGGUUUAUGGUGUGGAGGUCCCAGGGAUUGAAGGGAGGGCAGGAAUGGCAGCCAUUGCUGACCCACAGAACUCCUGUGACCUGGAAGACUUUUCCAGCAAGCUGAAAAAGGCCCUGCCCCUGUAUGCACGUCCUGUCUUUCUGCGGUUCCUGCACGAAGUCUCCAAGACAAGCACUUACAAGUUCCAGAAGAUGGAGCUGCGGAAGCAGGGCUUUGACCCCGCGCUGGUGAAGGACAGGUUGUAUUUUCUGGACUCCAGGCAAGGCUGUUACCUGCCACUGGACCAGGCAGCAUUCAGCAGAAUCCAGUCAGGAGCCCAGAAGCUGUAACUGGUGGGGCUCAAGCAAGGCACCUCCCAAAUCCUGCUGGGGAGAGGGGACAAGACAGGCACUGGGGAAGGAAGGAGUGAUAUAAAAGGCAUGCUAGAGAUUUUAUUUGACAAGUUUUACAGAUAAGGGUUUGGGGGAACAGAGGGGAUUGAGGGGAGGGGGUGGUCACAUACCAAAGCAUUGAUUCAUUAUGGCUUUAUUUUCUGUUUGGUACAGUGGUGGUGCUCCCAUGCCAUGGGAGGGGCAGGACCCUGGCCAGUUGAGUAGGAAUGGGGCCCUGCCAUUCCACUUUGCUUUUCCUGUCUUUCCCUACCUUUUCCUGCCUGCAUCAACCCUUCCUUGUGAAGGCCAUGAAGGGACUAGUGCUGGCCUCUUCCCCACUCCUCUACCACCAGCCCCUCCUUGGCACAGGGACCCAGCUGGCAGAGGGAAGGUGGGUGCCAGGCACAACCCCUUCCCUCUGCUCAGCCUUGCUGGUGUUGUAUGUCUGCCGUGAAUCAGGGGAGCAGGGUAGUGUUGGGCUCAGGAGGGGGACAGGGGUGUGUUUCUGCCAUUCCUUUCUCUCUCCUGGGGAUGACAUUUCUAUUUUUCAC